UCCUGGAAACCUACCCAGAACCUCCAGCCUCUGUCACCAUGGUCAACUCCUGUUGUGGCUCCGUCUGCUCUGACCAGGGCUGUGGCGAGGAGUCCUGCUGCCGCCCCAGCUGCUGCCAGACCACCUGCUGCAGGACCACCUGCUGCCGCCCCAGCUGCUGUGUGUCCAGCUGCUGCCAGCCCUCCUGCUGUGGCUCCAGCUGCUGCAGGCCCAGCUGCUGCACCUCUAGCUGCUGCCGCCCCACCUGCUGCCAGACCACCUGCUGCAGGGACACCUGCUGCCGCCCCAGCUGCUGUGUGUCCAGCUACUGCCGCCCCUCCUGCUGUGGCUCCAGCUGCUGCAGGCCCAGCUGCUGCAUCUCUAGCUGCUGCCGCCCCACCUGCUGCCAGACCACCUGCUGCAGGACCACCUGCUGCCGCCCCAGCUGCUGUGUGUCCAGCUGCUGCCGCCCCUCCUGCUGCGGUUCCAGCUGCUGCAGGCCCAGCUGCUGUGGGUCCAGCUGCUGCCGCCCCACCUGCUGCCAGACCACCUGCUGCAGGACCACCUGCUGCCGCCCCAGCUGCUGUGUGUCCAGCUGCUGCCGCCCCAGCUGUUGCUAGACCACCUGCUGCUCCCCAACCUGCUCUAGUGGCUUCUGCUGCCGAGCAUCCUGGCCGGCACCCCGCUGUCUUUCAUCAAC